ACCUUGUAAAUGAUUAUCUCAUAUCUUUUUUAUCUAUGUGGUGGGCGAAAGAGUGGAGAACAUUAUUAUUCAGACAUUGGCAACGCCAACGAACUUUGCAUACCAAAUUUGUUUCAGAGAAUAUAUCAAAAGAAAAUUUAAUAUCAACACAACCGAAUGUUAUACUUAAAGCUGUCUCACCUUUGCCAACUCAUAUUCAAGCAUGGCUUCAUGACUUUGAGACAAAUACACCAUUAGGAAUAAUAAAUUUGGAUCGGAGAGUAUUUGGAGCACCAAUUAGAAAAGAUUUAUUACAAAGAGUGAUUGUAUGGCAACGGGAUUGUUUAAGACAGGGAACACAUUCUUCUAAAAAUAGAAGUGAGGUAAGAGGAACUACUAGAAAAUGGGCAAAACAAAAGGGAAGAGGAAAAGCUAGAGUCGGAAGUCAUCGAGCACCUCACUUCAGAGGUGGUGGUGUCGCCCAUGGACCUAAGCCACGGUCGCAUUCUAGCGAUUUACAAAGACAAGUACAACUCUUUGGCUUACGAUCCGCGCUAACAACGAAAUUUGUGCAAAAUCAACUUGUCAUCGUUGAAAAUUUAAAAUUGAAAUCGAGUAAGACACGAGAUUUGUUAUCUAUUUUGGAUAGAAAUGUGUGGGAUCCUCUUGCUGAUUAUAGGAAACAAGGUCAUUCAAUUUUGUUUUUGACUAUGGAUCAUAUGAAAGAAUUGGAUCUUGCGUCAAGGAAUUUACAAAGAGUUCACGCUUUGAGUGCUAACGACAUUGUUGAGGCAGGUGAUGUUUACAAUAUCAUGGGACAUGAAAUACUUUUGAUCGAUCAUAAAACAGUACGACAAUUAGAAGAAUUGCUUAGACCUCAAUAAACAUCUUUUUUAAAAAUUGAAUUCAAAAUUGAAAUAAAGGAUAGAUAUAUCUUAAGGUUUCUUCAGUGGUAAAUAUAUUUAUAAAUAAACUUUUUGUAGUAUUGUAGUAUAAGUACUCUUAAU